GAUACGAGAGAGAGAGUGGGGACGGGUGUGCUGAGAGCCUGAGACAUGGCCCCCACCGCCCUCCUCAUCGUCGUCCUCGCCGUCGCUGCCCUCCACGCCCCCGCCGCCUCCGCCGCGUUGUCCCAGGAGCCACCAGCGACGCCGUGCGCGGCAGCCAUCGUGUCCUUCUCGCCGUGCCUGGCGCACGUCGCGGUGGUGGCGCCGCCCGCCCUGCCCUCGCCCGCGCCCACCAGCGCCUGCUGCGCGGCGUUCCUGCGCGCCGUUUCCUCCGGGGACGGCGAAGGCGGCGGAGGGGAGGGAUGCUUCUGCCACCUGCUCCGCAACCCGCUCCUCCUCGGCUUCCCCGUCGACGCCGCGCGCCUCGGCACUCUCCUCCCCACCUGCGCCUCCGCGAAAACCUCCGCCGCCACGGCCGCCGAGGCCGAGGCCCUCUUCGCCGACAAGUGCCGAGAGCUCAAGUCACUGCCUGAGAUGCAUUUUACACCUCCAUCGCCACCUCCCGCACCAAAACUUUCUCCAGCUGCCGUUACAGAACCAGCGUCCCCGACUCCGAAGAUGGAGGAGCAUUCGACCUCGACGACGCCUGUGUCGGAUGAUCGGUCAGGAUCCGAUGCCUUGUGUGCCUGCCGGGUCUUCCUUGUGGCCUUGGUCUUGGGAGCAGCAGUCUUGAUCACGCUGCAGUUCUGAUGGAUGUUCGACCUCGCUCUUGAAAGGUCUUUGCCCUCGCUCUUGAUACAAUACUUGUGCGCGAUGCUGCGCCAUUCUUGAUUGGACCUCUUGUUGCAUACGGUGAGGUGCCACGUGAUGCAGGGCAUGAUAUUGGUAUACCUGGGAACUCUUCCUGACCAGUGCAGUUUGUUCCGUGCGCGUUUUGAUGACCUGACAACGCAAGUAGUAACUGUUAUCCGGUGACAUAAUCGUAUCAUUUCAAACAUGGUACAGAUUUAUACAAUGCAGUUUAGUUUC